AUGCAGGAGGUCUAUGCCGGAGACGCGCGAGAAGAUGCUAUCAAGUCUGUCAUUGAGCUGACCUGUAAGAGUCGUCUUGGCGGCACCGUCGCUCUGAGGAAGUUGGCCCAGGAUGCAAAUCCCUCCAUCGUAGAUCGCGUGCUGCAGGGUGUGAAGAAACGUUUGGCAGAGACCGAUGUCAUUCUGCAGAGUGUCUUGAUCGUGGCUUGUGCAGAGAGGGGUGACUGGCAGCGUGCGAUCAGCUCAUUGCGGACCAUGCGAAUUGAUGCUCUGGAGCCAGACGACGUGAGCCACAGCUGUGUGGUGCAGGUAUCUGGCACAGCUGGUUUCUGGGAAGUCGCAGAGACAGUGCUGGAAAGAGGGAACACCAAGAGGACUUCCCGCAGCUUGCAAGCUGCCGUGGGUUUGUACGACGGUGAUCGAUGGGCGAUGGCCUUGACUUGCCUGAUGGAAGCGCUUCUUCAGGGUGUCCGACCAGGCCUGGGAUGCCACAAUGCAGCUAUCGCUGCCUCCCGGUCCCGUUGGACUCUGCCGCUGCAUUUGUUGGCAGCAUUGCCUCUAGCAGAGGUGAAGCCUGACCUGGUCAGUUGCAACUCUGCCAUAGCGGAUGCAAUCUCUGCAAGGCAGGCGGCGUCUGCAUGGCGAGCUGCUCUCCGCUUACUGCUACACUCGAUCGACUUGGGCCUCCAGUUGCGCCAGCUCUCUUUUUGCGCAAGCAUCAGCAUAUGCGGGAAAGCAGGCUGUUGGAAGCAAGCGGUGGGGCUGCUCGGGUGCGCACUGCGCUCACAGCUCUCGGCCGACAAGAAAAUGAUAACUUCCACUAUCUUGGCUGUACAAAUACAAUGGGAGCUGGCAUUGCGCCUUUGGGCUAUGAUGAUCCGGAACCGCUUCUUACGGCCAGAUGCCCUCUGUUUGAACUGCGUGGUUGCGGCGUGUGCCAAAGGCAAGUCUUGGCACGUGGCGGUGCAUUGCUUGCAUGAAGCAUUGAGUAUGUGUCUGAGAGUUGAUGAGAUGUCCUUCAACAUCGCUGCCGGUGCCUGCAACGACGGAGGUGAGUGGGAGCUUGGGCUGGCCAUUCUGAGUAGCAUGGCCAGCUAUGGGGUCAACCUGAGCCUGGUGAGCUGGAAUACAGCCAUUGCAUCUUGCCAGCUUUGUGGCGACUGGCAAUUGUCGCUGUCCAUUUUGCAAGCCAUGCAAGACCAUACUGUUCGACCCGAUGCGGUGAGCUUUGCUUCGGCGAUAUGCUGUUGUGCAGGGAAACAGUGGCGGCGGGCACUCCGACUCUGGAACCUUCUGGACGGACUGACCUCGCCGAAUCUGGUUUGCAUGAACAGUUUCAUCAGUGCCUGUGAGAAGGGGUCGAACUGGAAGCAUGCGAUUGAAACCCUGUGGACUAUGCCCGCAUAUGCGCAGACUCCAGAUGAUGCGAGCUACAAUGCCGCGAUUACGGCGUGCCAACAGCGACUGGCAUGGCAGCGUGUGUUGUGGACAUUCAACCACAUGGACAAGAGUUUGCGUGACGAGGUCACAUACAAUGCGGUGAUUGUUGCUACGAAGGCGACAGAUGAUUGGGAGCAGGUGCUCGAACUUCUGCGGCAGAUGAGUAUGUCGCGCAGCCAGCCCUUCGCUAUGUCCCACGAAGCUGCAGUUUCCAUCUGCCUGGAUCGCGCGCAAGGCGUUGCAGCAAGAACACUCUUGGAGGACGUGUCUGCCAGAAUUCUGCAGUCGACGAUGCAGGUCAUGUUCGCAGGAGACGGGUGCCCAGUGGCUGAAAACCCUGGCCACUUCCAGUUCGAGCUUGUCUUGAGUGGACGUGACCCGUACGUGCUCAACCUGCGCCAGUUCCCUGCACCAAGGAGGCAAGCACAAGCUGGAUGUGUCAUCGUGGCAAGUUUCGAGCAGUUCACCAACUAUUCAUGGAGCAUGUCCGGCGUCUCU